GGGGGUGGCUGUGGGGCUGUUGCGUUCUGAGGCACUUGAGUGCGUGAGCAGAAAUAGCGGCUGCGUUUCUCUCUCUGUAACGUCUGUGUGCAUCGAUAGUGAAAAACUUGCUUUAAAUGAAAUAUUUGCCGCGGGUUAGGAAACAAGUUGGUAAGCCUGGCCGAAAGCUAAUGUCAUCAGAAAGGCCAACAAAAAGUUCAGAGGUGCCAACAGAAAAUACCAUGUCCCCUCAACUCCCUGAUGUGGAAGGAAGGGUGAAGUCAAAUGACAGCCCAGUAGAGGGACAAGAGGAAGGCUCAGAGAAAGGAGAAUGCCUUGAGCCCAUGUCCAAGAGGCAAAGGAAGAAGCUAUUGAAGCAGAAACAGUGGGAAGAACAGAAAGAUCUACGAAGGCAGAAACGAAAAGAGAAACGCCAGAAGAGAAAACUAGAACGUCAGUCAAACCUGGAUGCCAGUCAUGAAGGCAGUGACAGAAAGCGUACGCGAAGGGAAGCUGUUCCUAGUACACUUCGUCUCAUUGUGGACUGCAGCUUUGAUGACUUGAUGGUGCUAAAGGAUGUUAAGAAGCUUCACAAGCAAAUUCAGAGAUGUUACGCCGAAAACCGCAAAGCGUUUCACCCUGUGCAGUUUUACUUGACCAGCCAUGGGGGGCAGUUGAAGAGCAACAUGAAUGAAAAUGACAAAGGAUGGGUGAACUGGAAGGAUAUCCAAAUUAGAACAGAGCACUACAGUGAGCUAAUAAAGAAAGAAGACCUAAUAUAUCUUACCUCAGAUUCCCCGGAUGUUCUCAGUGAGCUUGAUGAGAAGAAAGCCUAUGUGAUUGGAGGAUUGGUGGACCACAAUCACUACAAGGGAAUUACUUACAGAAAAGCUGUAGAGCAGGGAAUUGGUCAUGCACAGCUUCCACUUGGAAACUUUGUCAAGAUGAAUAGUCGCAAAGUGUUAGCUGUCAAUCAUGUAUUUGAGAUCAUCCUUGCAUACCUGGAGAAGAGAGACUGGAAGGAGGCCUUUUUCAGUGUCUUGCCACAGCGGAAAGGGGCUGUUCCUUUGGGAGAAGCCAAUAAUUCAUCCAAACAUGCCCUGUCUGGAAGAGAAGAUGAAAACACUGACUCAGACAGCAAUGAGGCUUUAGAAUGAGAUGGUAGGAAGGGUAAGAUACACAGGUCAUGGGAUAAAACUGGGACGUGAAGUAGUUGCACUUCAGAGACCAUCUGCUGCCCUGGUGUUACUGAAUUGUCUAAAGGAUCAGUAGUUCUGCAGCUAGUGCAGAGCUGUUUCUGAACCUAAAAGAGAAAAGAUAAAUGCAUUUUUUUAAUGCUGAAACGACCAUAUUAAUACCUUUUAAAAGAAAUAAAUGAAUAGCAAAUAAUAGAAUUGAUUUUGUUUCCCUAGGAAGCUGUUUAUCUGCCUUUUUUUUAAAACAUAUUUUUAUACGUAGCAAAUUGGGUGUGGUACCCAAGAGCAUUAGUAGUUACUGUUUUGAGGCAUGCAUUGUUCUGUAUUUCUGCUCUGAGGUUUCUUAAAAGCAGUCAAUGGUAAGCAUUAUUGUGGCCUGAAAACCUGUACUGCUAGUGCCUGAUGAGGGUGCACACAGACAAUCAAAACAAGCAAAUAAAAAUCAUAAUUUUCCUGAGCAUCCCAACAGA